CGAGACAACGCGGUGACUGUAGAGAUUUAACCGGUAUCGCUGCCAUCAUGAGUGAGAGGAAAGCAGUCAUUAAAAAUGCGGACAUGUCUGAGGAGAUGCAGCAGGACUCUGUGGAGUGUGCCACCCAAGCCCUGGAGAAAUACAACAUUGAGAAGGAUAUAGCUGCUCAUAUCAAGAAGGAAUUUGACAAGAAAUACAACCCUACAUGGCACUGCAUCGUGGGCAGAAACUUCGGCAGCUACGUCACACACGAGACCAAGCAUUUCAUUUAUUUCUACCUGGGCCAAGUUGCAAUUCUGUUGUUCAAAUCGGGUUAAAGCACUGAAAUGGACUAUGCAAAUGUUUGAAAAUGUAUGAUUGAAGGGAACACCUCCUUUGCAGACUACCCCUCUGUAUCGUUUGUUACUGAGAUUUAAACCUUAUGUAUGUUCUCACUCCUUGUUGGUUAUAAAAUUUGUGAGGGAAAAAGAAACUAUUUAUUUUCUAUGGAUUUCUAACAUUAAAUGUUUCUUUUUACAAA